AUCCUUACACAAAGCAGUACUAUCAUCCUUACCUGCCAGCAAACCUCUUAAAAAGCGCGAAGCCGAUCAAAAAACAGGCUAUACCUUCCUCUGCACGGUCUGCUGGACUGAACACGACCCGCCACCCCACACGUUUGGCCAUCAAAGCCGUAUUGUCUGCGUUGACUGUUGGAAAUGGAUCCACAACAACAGUAUCUGCUGGCGCUGCGGAGAGGUAGUCUUCCGCAAGACUGAUGCAGUGAGGUUUGGAUGGUGCUAGUGGCAUUGGAGUUGCUUCUCAUGCCUGAUAUGCGCAUCCCCUUUGCCGCCUCCUUCGUACCUCGAUGUUCAAGGACACCCUCACCAGCAAGGGAUGAUCACUCAAGAUCCACCUGUAUGCUCUCGGUGCCGCAGUCAACCGGAGUCGAUUCCCAAACUUGAGCAACACGUGAAAACAUCACCAGUCGAACCUGAAAGCAUCAGGUUGCCGCGGGACCUUUUGGACGGAGCCGCUUCAGUCGUUUCCAUCAGUCGUCCGCUUGAUCCAAAGGCGAACAAGAUCGGUCCUACAAGAGAUGGGCCUCGCUGGAUGCCUCCAUGGAUGGCCUUGUUGCCUUCACGUCGGACAUCCACAAACCAUGAUUCCGAGAAGUCCGGUUUGAGUCGUCACUCGACAGUGCCUGCCAGGAUUGCGAGGGCAGUACCAUCCGCACGAUUGACUCCACUACCAAAACCAACUGACAGCACCCGUGGCGGCCUUGAACAAAGACCUGCUGGUACCCAGGUCCCGGCAUUCUUGCCUGAUGCUCAUUUUGACGGACGCGACACCGCAGCAGAGGCCGUGGAGCUCCUCAAUACGACCCCUGAUGAGUCCAUGGACGAUGGAGUUCCCGCAGGCCUCUUCCUGCGACGCACAUCUCUGAAAUUGAAGCGCCGUUAUCCGUUACGCAAGCACUCAGAAAGAGAAUCCAAUGGAAAAAGCCCACGAUCGUGCACGCCUGAGGACAUAUCACCUACCAACACCUCGCUCGUCAGAGAGCUCUCAGGUUUCUUCUCCGAUCGUGCCGACAAGGAGAAGUUGAUCCUUCCUAGCCGCGUUGGUGAAACUAGUACCAGGCCUAAAGCACAGAUUGAUAUCGGUGGAAAGGAAACUCCGAACGUGGCCACAAGGAAUUGCGACCGCUGCGGUGCUGAUUUGCCGGACAUCACAAGUCGGACAUACCCUCUGAGCAAAAAGCAGCAGAGAACAUGUCAGAUCUGCGAGGCUGAGAGGACAACUCCCGGGGCAUGGACAUGAGUAUUGCAGACCAGGCGAGAUGACAUCCUAUACUCCUACUACGAACCUGUGAGCGUGAUCAGAGGCACGAACAACAUAGUGUGAAGAAGUCUACAUGAAAUCAACUAGACCGACGCUCCAGGUGGGAUAUUUGACAACCCAAUCUCCAGUUGCAGUUUCAAC